CUGCUAUGAAAGUCAUCAGUGUGUGAACUUUUAUACUGUACAAACUCGAAUCGAUUGAAACAUCAACAGUCUCCUCUCGAUCUACAUAUGUCUAAAAAAGCCCACAAUUUCUGCUCGGAUUUUAAUACGCAAUUCUACAAGUCGAAGAGUGGAGAGAGAAAGCCGAUUGGCUCGUUCCUACAACUUCCAGCAAUGGAAAAACCGCCAAGCCACAGCAAUGGGGCACCAGUAGGUGAGGGGAUGACACAACGGGACCUGGCACGAGGGUUGGUACUUGAGAAGAUGACUCCAACCGAUCUGGAAAACCUAAAAUGGCCAACGAAGAGAUCUGAAAUGCAGAAAGAGCGGAAAACUUCCAUGCAGGAUCAGAUCCAGGCACAGGAGCGUGUGUGCUCGCAUAAAUCCGGUGUGCAGCGUAGCCAACAGCAAAACGAACAGCCUCCACAACAGCGACAUGUGCAACAGUAUCAGAAGACUUUUAAUCAGAGUCCUGGCAAUCAGCCGCAACAGCAGUAUCUGGAGAGUAAAUACCAGAGUCCUCACAUGGUGAAGCAGCAGUAUCAUCAGACUUCGUAUGCGAGUCCUCCCCAAGAACAGGCACAGCGUUAUUACACCCCCAUGAAAGCACCUCCCAACAAAGCCAGCUCCAAUGGGCCAGAGCCAGAGCACUCCAACACAUCCUCUGACGAAUCUUCGUACGAGGAGAGUAUUCAGAAGUGCCUGGAACUCAUGCCUAAGCAUCGUCAGUCCAACGCGCCCCUGGGGCCGAAAAAGCCAGAGUUGCGUUACCCAGCCGAUUUGGAUAUUGAUGAAUAUAUCCGUGAACUCAGAAACAAUUCACCAUUCACAGCGUACAUGGAGAAUGGCCCCAAGCAGCAGAAUCCUACCCAGCAGACCCAUCAGCAUGAGCCACGUCACGUAUACCACACGGAGAACGGCCCCAAACAGCAGACAUAUCAGAAUCCAACCCAGCAGACCUGUCCGCAUGAGCCGCGUCACGUAUGCCACACGGGGACUGGCCCCAAACAGCAGACGUAUCAGGCUCCUACCCAGCAGAGCUGUCAGCAUGAGGCACGUCACGUAUGCCACACGGAGAAUGGCCCCAAACAGCGGACGUAUCAGGCUCCAACCCAGCAGAUCUAUCAGCAUGAGCCCCGUCAGAGUCCUCCUCAGAAUAUGUCUGAACAGCAGAAACAACGUAAUCAAAGCGAGAUGAAGACCGAUAAGAACGUUCAGCAGAGUGUUCCCCUGGUGCCGGAUCUGUGGGACACAGAGAAUGGGGGGAAGCUGCCAGCUGAGCAUGCGGACCGUCUGCAAGAUUCAUGCGAGAAGCAUGGCAAAGCUUCCAUCGCACAGCCGGAGCAGAGUGGCUGCCAAAAGCUCAAACAAAAUAAAUAUACCAAAUGCGGACUGUCUAGUGGCGGGAGCAGCACCAGUGCAAUGACUGUGAUCAGUCGUAAGAGCGGGGAAGAGCUGCGUUUCAUGGUCCGUGACGAGCUGCGUGGCCUGGUCCGCGACGAGGCUCAAUUGCAGACGGUGUUCGGUCAACUGACCGAGAGUGUGGUGUGCCAUGUAAAGGACUAUUUGUGCGGCGUGUCACCAACUGAAAGCAGCCCGGUACAGUCCACAACUUCACGCCAGUAUUCGCCCAAAGGUAAUACCCUGGAUAUCCGGAAGCAGGAGACAUAUCAAAUCCAGAACAAUGCAUCGCCAACCAAAGGCCAACCGACCAAACUGGAGGCCCAGAAGAAUCCUCAACAGAAACAGCAACCAAAUGAGCAGAAAGCUCCUCGAUUCUCCUGCUUGAGCCAUAUACUCGAGAAUGAUGAUGAGGACUCUAAUUUCGGAGUGGAUAAUAAGACAAACGCACCCCACAAGUGCACGGACUAUCACGACAAAGACUGCCCAAAGGACAAGCAAAAGAAUCCCAAACAUAAGCCAUUUUCCACGGCCAGUCACGCCAGUUGCAACAGUUACACUUCGAUCAGUUCAAAGAGCGGCAACGAGCUGCGUUCCAUGGUCCGAGAUGAGAUGGAACUGCAUUCGGGGCGCGGCGACCAAGCCUCGAGGUGCAGUCAACACUCAAGGAUCAAGCCUCAUUGCAAGGGCCUGAAGGAGAAUGUGUCCACACAUUCACUCUCGCAUCCGAACACAGAUGACACCCGUCCAGGGUUCAAGAAUUCGGCCAGAGUUGAGUCUGCACCUCGUAAGGGCAAAGGAGCCACCACUGAACCGACAAAAGAGGAAAGCCAUCAGAUCGAAUGCAGUGUGAGUGUCGAUGAUUUAGUGAGCUGCAAGGUCAUCACUCCCAUCAUCAUGAAGAUGCACAACAAGUAUUUAGCCUCCUUGCACGAGGAGAUACAGCUCCUGGAGUAUCUGGAGAAGGUGCCGCGCCUUGUCAGUCAGAUUUACAAGGACAACGCCCAGAUGGACCAGAGGAAAGCCUAA